AUGAUAAAGGAAUUCAACACCCAAACAACACUCAAUGUAGGGCUGGAGACCCUAUGGGCAGCUCAGUCCAGAGAUUUCAUUUUCAUUGUUCCAAAGGUUCUGCCAAAUAUUGUGAAAGAUGUGCAAGUAGUUCAAGGGGAUGGAGGGGUUGGCACCAUCCUCAUCUUUAAUUUUUUGCCUGGUAUAUCCCCAGUAAACUAUCAGAGGGAAGAGAUCACUGAGUUUGAUGAGUUAUCCCAUGAAAUUGGGCUGCAAGUGAUUGAAGGAGGCUAUCUGAAUCAAGGUUUGUCAUACUACAAGACAACAUUUAAACUCACAGCAGUAACACAAGAUAAGACUUUGGUCAACGUGAAGAUCUCUUAUGAUCAUGAAUCCGACAUAGAAGAAAAGGUCAAACCUACCAAGACAUCGGAAUCCACUUUAUUUUAUCUUGGCUGCCUAGAAAAGUAUCUCUUGAAUGGUGCUUGA